UCGCCCUUCGUUGCUUUCCGGGGAGGAAUGAAAACACCGCGGGACCGAUGUGGGCGUGGUGUACGCUUCCUGUUUUGAAGGCUAACGGCUGGCACGCGCGUCCGAGUGCUGACUUAAACCGGAGGAGCCAUGCCUUUCCUCCACGGGUUUCGCCGGAUUAUUUAUGAGUACCAGCCGCUGGUGGAUGCUGUCAUGUGUGUUGUUGGGCUGGAGGAAGGAGAUGGUGGUCAGGAGGACAGAGCCCAAACCCCGGAGGACGAGUCUGGUCUUUGUAGUUCUCUCGUCGAGCUGCUGGAGCGGGAGUCCCAGUCCGAAGUGUUCGUGGAGGGAAUCAGCUACGCUCUGUUUAAGGUCGCGGAGCGAGGGCUGACGUACGCGGCUGAAAUCCUCCUACGCUACGGAGCCGAUCUAAACUUUGAAGACCCUGUAUCAUACUACAAUCCUCUACAUAUAGCAGUUUUGAGGAACAGGCCAAACAUGGUGCGUCUGCUGGGCGGCCACGGAGCCGACAUUCAAAAGAGAGACCGGAUCCACGAGAGCAGUCCUUUGGAUCUGGCCAGCGAGGAGUCAGAGAGGCUGCCCUGCCUGCUGACGCUGCUGGACAUGGGCGCUGACGUGAAUGCGAGGGAUAAACAUGGAAAAACACCUUUGCUCCACGCCUUGGCAAGCAGCGACGGACUCACCGUGCACAACACAGAGAACAUCCAGAUUCUCCUGCAGAGAGGUGCCGACAUUAACGCUGCCACUGUAGACGGUGAGACCGUGGAGUCCUCGCUGGUGUUUCUCGUUAAGGAGGCUCUGGAGGCCAGCGCGGAGGACGCCGCCAAGAUCGGUAACUUCUGCUUGAAAACCACACAGCAGCUGCUGGCUCACGGCGUGGACCCCAGCAGCUGUCUGAACGAGGACGGCGAGCCCUCCCUGACACAGACGAGCCUGGAGCACUUCGACCUGCUCUUCCCUCUGGCCGUGCUCUUAAUCCAGAGCAGGGCCUCACUGGUUUGCUCCUAUCACGGCGACUCCUGUUGGUCGGGUUACAGCCUCCUCUUCCAGCGGCUCCAAACAGCCCUGGAGCGGUGCUCCGAUCAAAGUCACGCCUCCGAGCUCCUGGAGCAAGCCGAGGUGUUGCUCGACUUGAUGAGGGUCGACACCCCCACGCUGCAUCUCCGUCCCAGGCUCGAGCUUCCUGUGCCCGGUCAGGACCCUCACCCCUACGCUCAGGCUCUGGUAGACCUCCACGAGUGCGUCGUAGAGCGCGAAGCAAACCCUCCUGCUCUGCGAUGCCUUUGUAGGGCUUUCAUAAGGGCCCACCUACAGCCUUGGCCCCUGGAAAGCAGAGUCAAAGCUUUGCCAUUACCCGACAGACUGAAGGACUUUCUUCUUCCUGAGCACACGUAUACCCCGAAGCCUGGCUGGGACUGCUUCAAGCCCCAACAUAACCAGCACUGACGACACAAGCUGCUGCUCAUUCUAACUGAAAGAAGACAGAAAUCAUCAAUCUGAAAGUCUUUCUUGACGUCAUGUUGUGUGUUGUCUGUGCCAAAUUUACAGACAGAUACGUGUAUGCUUCAAGGCACAGAGUAAUGUCUGUACACAUUUGCCUUUGACGUCGUGGUUCAGCAUCUGUGGCAGCUGAGCGACAUGUAAAGGAAGCUGCGGUACAAAACAAAAGCCACCAGAUGGCAGUGUUGCUCUUGCGUCUCAGACGCGGCUCUGAUGUCGGAGGGGUCAAACAUUUUAGUUAUUCACAGCGCAGCCCAUUACUGUUGUUGCAGCUCCGUUUAUAUUUCAUCUCCUCCAACGUGAUGAUGAUGAUGGUGGCGAUGGCGUACUGUGAAAGUCGUGUAUCUUCUCACUUCACAUGAAGGUGGACCAAUAAAACAGUCGUGUAUCUUGA